AUGGAACAAAGGAUGGAAGAAAGUAAUAAAAUCAUGGAAGUAAGAUUACAAGAAAUGAACAAUGCCCUACAACAAAUGAAAAUGAUGCAUGAUAUAACGAUGAUUAAAAUGAAUACUGAUCUUAUGGACAAGCAGAAUAGCCAUAGGGAAAAGAUGGCAAAUAUAAGUAAUCGGAACCUCGAAAUAAUGAAUUUUAAAAAUAAUUCCAUGACAAAAAUGGAAAAUGAACACAAUGAGACGAUGAGUAAAAUAGAAAAAAAUAUGAUUUCUGAUUCAAUUAGCCACACUCAUUUGGUCCUUGCUGAAGAUAACUCCAGGGAUAACUUUACUCACCAAUUAAAUCUUAACGGCUAUUUUAAUAAUACUCAUUACGUUGUUCAAAACACUGUAAAAGGUGAAACCGCUGAAGUUUGCAGUGAAUCAGGUGGGUUUUUAGGAUUCGGUAAAAGUACGAAUUGCCAUUUAGAAACUCAAAAAGAUACAAUAAAGAACGAGGUGUUUACACGGCGACCUAUAAGUAUUGCGCAAAAUUUUUUCGGAAGUGCUAGUAAUUCGAACAUUACGGGUGGUUCAAUUAUUCAAUUUAGAAGAAGAUCUACGGAUAGUGUACAGCACCUCAACUCUACGGAAAUGGACAUUUCAUUGCACGAUAAUAAGAACAACAAAAGUCCAGAAAAAUCAAAAUCAAAAAUUCAAAUUCUCCUAGACGAGCCGUGGAAUGUAAAAUUAAAAAGUAGAAUUCUUAGUUGGUUUGGAAUUAAACCAGUAACGAAUAGCACAUAUGAUGGAUACAAGAUUCCAGAAUCUGAUGUGAAAAUAUUUCAACCGCGUCCACCUGUAGUAAGAAAUACACCAUAA